AUGGACACCAAGACGCAGAGCCUUCCCAUCACCCAACCCCAGCCCCACAGCAACUCUAGGUCCCAAAGCCACAUGUGCAGCCCGUGCAGCUGCAGCCACCACUGUCAAGGCUGCAGCCACAACUGCCGUCGGAGCCAGAGUUGCAGCCGGAGCCGGAGCUCCAGCCAGAGUCCACCCACCCACUGCAGCCUGGGCCACCAAAGCCAGAGGCCUCCCACCCACCGCAGCCUGGGCCACCAAAGCCAGAGGCCUCCCACCCACCGCAGCCUGGGCCACCAAAGCCAGAGGCCAAACCCUGGCCUGCCACCAAGGCACCCCAAACAGACUGUGUACUCCCACCACUCUGCCAUGCGGUCCACUGCUCCUGGCAGCAGCUACUCCAAGAACAGAAAGACUCUGGGAGGAAAAGUGAACAAAAGGAAGGUCAAGAGGAACCGGCGGGCAUACAAAACCAAGAGGCGGAGCUCAGGCCUUCAUGCAGGUGGGGAAGGGCCACAGGGCCCGACAGAUGAGGGGAGCAGCCCAGCUGGGCCUUGA